AUGUUCAUUGAAGCUUCCACUAGACAGCAUCAACAACAACAAGACGAAGAUGAAGAUGAUGAAAACAUAAGAGAAAUACAUGCCCUAUCGCCACCAUCACUAUCACCACCACCACCACCACAACAACAACAACAACCACCGCACCACCCUCGCCGGGGAGAACCUUGGGAAACAACCAGCCACAGAUCAUCAAAUCUCUCCAUAGGCAGCACGGAAACCGAAAACUUUACCACCAUGAGUAGGGAGUUUAACGCCUUGGUACUUGCAGGAAACGACAUAGAUGUUAAUGAACACAACGAGCCGAUUAGUAACUUGCAGAGGAUCAGGGAGGAAGAAAUUCUGGUGGAAAACAAUCCUUUGGCGAUUGUUGCGGAUAAUAAUCCAAGGGUGGCUUCUCCGACAAGACUUGGUAGCGGUGGCGGCGGCGCUGGUGGUGGUGGUGGGAUGAGUUUGAUAAGUAGUAGCAGUACUGGGGGUACCCAUGCCGAUGUGUCUUCUGUGCAACGGGUGAAGAAAGAGGAGGUGGAAUCUAAGAUAUCGGCAUGGCAGAACGCCAAAAUUGCGAAGAUCAACAACCGUUUCAAGCGGGAUGAUGCGAUCAUCACUGGUUGGGAGAACGAACAGGUUCAGAAGUCCACUUCGUGGAUGAAGAAAAUCGAGAGAAAAUUGGAGGAAAAACGAGCAAAAGCAAUGGAGAAGAUGCAAAAUGAUGUAGCUAAAGCUAGAAGGAAAGCAGAGGAAAAACGAGCAACCGCAGAGGCCAAGAGAGGAACCAAAGUGGCCAGGGUUUUGGAAAUAGCCAACUUGAUGAGAGCUGUUGGACGAGGUCCUACAAAACGAUCUUUCUUUUAACUCCUAUUAUAUAUAAGAAAAUGUGUAAAAAGAUAGAAAGGAAAAAAAUAAGUCGGGUUUGAAUAGUGUAUGCCUUUGUCAUGUAUUGUUUUAAUGAUUUUGAAUUAAAAAACACCCACCCAUAUGAGCUUGGGGGACAGUAAAGGUUUUGUACCCUAAAAGUUCAAGUGUUGGAGGUGAAUUGAUGCGUGUUUGGAUUGAUGCACAAUGAUGAAUCUCUUAUUUGAGCGUGUUAGCAUCGCUAGAAAGCUUGUGAUCUAGAGAACAUUUUGUACAUUUUUUUGGUUAUAAACUAUUUUAUGAUGUUAAAAGUUUUAUAAGUUUGCUACAAGUAGUGAACUUUGCAUUUGCGAUAUUUGUG